AUGUCGGUCCCAUGCCUAGUCGAGAACGAUGCGUUGGCAGAUUGGGCGGCCUGGGACGAGAGUCUCGCUCUGUUGCGGUUCUAUUCCCGAGCUCAAGGCCACCAUCAACGCCAGAGUUCGGCUAGGGAGCACUUGAUGGGUUCCCUGUAUGCCCAUCUCCCGUGCUCUGAGGUUGACUGGGCGCUGGAGGGGACGGCUGUGUGUCGUGUUGUGGGCAUCGGCUGUUAUGGCCUAGAUAUCCCAGGUUGGGCUAGACUCCAAAGACACCUCCAAACCGCGGCGCAUUUGCGCCAUGAAGAGGCACUCGCUGCCGCGUGGGUUGAGACGGCGCAACAGGUAGCGGUGGUGGAGGAUGGGGGACUCCCUGCAGAAAGAGCCAUGAAUUCCGCGCAUUCUUCAGUUGGGGAUGGAGAGGCUCUUCGGUUACCCUUGGAUGCGGUGAUCCCGGACUCCGAUUCGGAGGGGACCACUCCCGGAGCCGGUGUCCAAACGGGCCGGAGAUCGGAUCUCCAAGAUCAUCAGGGCUAG